AUUUUAGUAACAUUAAUUUUACACGGCCUUAGUAAAUUAAUUGGUUCUACGUUUACUGAUAAAACGUUACAGUCAUCAUAAUUUGACAGUAACGUUGUCACACAGUUGACUACUGAUAAAUAUUAUGAGCUGUGUAAACUUUAAAGUGGGAAUCCGCCAAAAAUUUAAAUGAUUUACUAAGUUACUAACUACUGAAAACUGAGUGGCUACUACUACUAACUACUGAGACUGACUAGUGAGUAGUGACUGGCCUGCUGCAAUUGCUGUUGCAUAAGUGAAUAUUAUAUGAAUUUAUAAACAUAAGUACCAAAAAAUAAAUUUUAUAUAUUAAAAAAAUGACUUCCAUAACUGUAGAUUUAUCGGAAGAUAGCGAUGGUGUGGAAGACUUGCCAGAUGUAUUUCUACCAAGUAAAAGUAGCAGUCAAUCAUCCUAUGUGUCUACAUCAACUUCUAAAAGUUGUUCACAAAGUUCCAAUCCUUCAGUAAAUUCUGAUAAUGAACAAAAAAAGUCUAAGAAAAAGAAAGUGGAUGAUAAUAAUGUAGUUAAACAGACACAAAAAAUUUAUAAGCCAGAAGAAUGUAUGAAGUUUAUGAUGGUAGAAAUGCAUCCAACUUUAAUAGAAUCAUGGUACUGUGCUGAUGUGCAGCGAGAGGUGACAGCAAGAGGUGCCAAAAUUAACAAGAAUUCAUCCCUUUGUGAUACUAGACUAGUGCUAUGGAGCAGAAUGGUUGAUCCUACAUUUACUAGUAAUAAUGGAAUGGUAGGUCUUACCCAAACCAAGCAGCCUUGUGAGCAUGGACUCUACAUUGCAAGUCUGGAGGAAAUAGAAGAACAGUUGAACACUCAUACACUUUCACAGCAUAUGACACAAGCAGCAAGUCUCGCUGGCUGUCCACUGACAUUGGUGUUGUAUGCUGUUAAGGAUUAUUUUAAACCAUCAGGACGCAAGACAAACAGACAUAUCCCAAAAAUAGAACCCAUUGAUUUAGAAAUGGCUUUAACAGAUCUCUUGGUAACUGCAAAAUGUGAUACAAUUAAGGUCAACACACCAAACGAGUUGGCGUUAACCAUUGCACAGUUUACAAAGGCGAUAGCUGAAGCACCUUAUAAGAAAGCAAAAAAAGCCUAUGACGAACAAGCUGAAUUUUAUAUGAGGGGCGACAAUAAAAAAUGUGUUACUGUUGCUAAAAAUGGUGAUGGCGUGGAUAUGUUGUGGCAACAAAUGAUUGCUGUAUUGCCACAUUCAAGCCUUGAAACAUCAAGGGCUGUAUGUGCGAAGUACAAAACUCUAAAAUCUCUGUACCAGGCGCUUCAGGAGCCUAAUAGUGUGAACAAUGUGGCCGAUGUAGGUGUUACUCGCUCCGCUGCGCCAGGUUCCAAGACAAGGCGGCUUGGUAACGAAUUUGCACGGAAGCUACACAUUUUGUUUACCUCUGAGGAUGGUAAUACUCCAGUCGAAUGAUCAUAUGAAUUCAAGACGUAAAAUUUCGAUAAUUUGAAGAUAGGAAUGCGCCAUUGCUAAAUUGAGGGACAGAAGAAGCUAAAUAAAUACUAGACUAUUUA